AUGUCUAUUAAGCGUUCCAUAUCGCCGCCUCCGGCUGUAACCAAAAAACUCAAGCUAGCUGAGAGCUUUGAGGAAUAUUACAAUCUCGACCCAAAGUACUAUCCAAAGCCAAUCACUUGGCAACAAGCCAAUGCUUUCAACAACGGAAAAAGACCUAAACCCAUAAAUUUGCUUAACGACCAAAUCAAGAAUCAGGAAUCACUCAAGAAGGCCAACAUUUCCACUGUUGUUCAUUGGUUCAGAACAGACUUAAGACUAGAGGACAACACAGCCCUCUUCCAUGCGGUCCAACAACUGAAGGUCGCUCAAAAGAAUAACACAAAUGCGCAGCUUGUCGCUCUCUACACCAUAAACGAGCACGAUUUCAGGGCGCACUUGGAUAGUGGUUGGAAGCUGACAUUUGCAUUCAAUGCGGUGGAGAAUCUGAGAAAAGCUUUGAGCAAAAUGAAUGUGGCUCUGGUGGUUAGACUGUUCGAGUCAAAAAAGCCGCUUCUCUCGCGCUCCAACGAAUAUGCCGAUUGGUUCAAGAGCCAGUGCUUGUCACUUGCCAAUGGUAGCGCCCUAGUUACUGCUAAUGCACAAUAUGAGACAGAUGAGUUGUAUCGGGAUUUGGAAAUUUACAAAAAACAAGACGACAAGUUUCAUUUCCAGGUAUACCAUGAUCAGUGCACCGUGGAACCGGGCGUUCUGACGACAGGAAAAGGCUCGCAGUAUACAGUCUUCACACCCUGGUAUAAGAAAUGGGUCGAACAUCUGAAGGCACAUAAAGACGGAAAAGACAUCGUUAAAAUGCUUAACAUUGACAUUGAGAAAACUGUCAAUCAAAAGCUAGAGCAAUUUGAAUCUUGUGAUUAUACUUUGCCUGAUGAGUUUGUAUCCUACUUACCAACUACGGAAUUGCAGCUUCCUGAGGCUUCAGAACAGCAAGCCCACAAAGUGCUUGACGAUUUUUUCAAAAAGGGCAAGGCAUUCGACUACAACAACAAGAAAGAUGUUUUGGCUCUAGAUAACACAUCACACUUAAGUUGCUAUAUUACCAGUGGCCUCAUAAGCACGCGAAUGGUUGUAAACCGCGGUUUUCACGAAAAUGGCGACAGUCUCAUGCGAAAAGACAUCAAACAAAAUAACUCCGUAGAAAACUUCGCUAAGGAAGUUGCUUGGAGAGAUUUUUAUAAGCACGUUAUGUGCAAUUGGCCGUACACUUCAAUGGAAAUUGCCUUCAAAUUUGAUACCGUAGACAUAAAAUGGGAAAAUGACGUCGAAAAGUUCCGGAAAUGGUGUUUGGGCGAAACCGGAUUGCCUAUUGUAGAUGCAGUAAUGCGAAAGCUACUGUUUUGUGGUUAUAUUAGUAACCGCUGCCGUAUGAUUGUGGCAUCUUUUCUAUCCAAAAACUUAUUGGUAGACUGGCGCUGGGGAGAACGCUGGUUUAGAAAACACUUGAUGGACGCGGAUUUGGCAUCCAAUUCUGGAGGAUGGGGAUUUUGCUCUAGUACCGGCGUAGAUGCACAGCCUUACUUCCGCAUUUUUAAUAUGAAACUUCAGUGUGAGAAGUACGAUCCAAAAGGAGCGUUCGUGAAGGAAUGGGUUCCAGAAUUGAAGGGUGUUCAAGACCUCAAAAUUUUGAGAGAAGGUACGUCAAAUGAUCGAACUGCCGAUGGCUACGCAAUGCCAAUUGUGGAUUUGAAGGAAAGCAGAGAAAAAGCUCUUGAAGCCUUUAGGGAGGCAAUGUGA